AUGAUCGGCAAAAAAAGAUACGAAUUGCUGGAGAAAAUACUCAUGCUGCGAUUUGAUCCUGAAAUGAACAAAGAAUUCAAUAAAAAUAGAAAGGAUUCAAAGAAUCACAAAUUAUUGUGGACAAAGAUCGCAGAAAACAUAGAAAACAUUGAUGACCCGUUGGUUGUUCAGAAUAUAUUCAAUAAUUUCAUGAAAAACUGCAGAAAAAAAAUGAAAGAGGAGAAGCUGGGAAAGAGCUGCGAAAAAUGGAUCUAUUAUGACCUGGUGAAGAAGUACAUGUCUUAUCAAAUGGAUAGUUUGGAGCAGUUUGGAAAAGAGGCCAUAGAGAAAAAUAGCACCGAAAAAAUACGUGUUGAUGUCUCGGGUACUGGCACAAAUAAAGGCGAAGAGAGUAUUGUGUCCGGCACUGAUACAAGUAUUUUAUCUAGUGCACAUGGUGAAGAAAGUCCAGAAAAGCACGAAGAAGUGAAAUGUGAUACUAUAAAAGUAGAAUUACAGAAAGACACGGCAAAUGCACCAGAUCGGGAUACAAAUUCGUCUACUUCACUAAAACAACGCGACGACAGAAAGAAAACCUCCUAUAUUCAUAAGAACACGGUUAAAACAGACGAAACAUCAGUUUUAACAUUUCUAAACCCGGGCAAAUCAAAGAUAUUAAACCUCAUAAACGAAAGAGAUGCGUUGAUAAAACAGCUUUUACUCUCUCAGGAUGUGUGUGAGAGUUUAAUUAGAGAGAUUGCAAAAAAGGAUAGCAUGAUUCAGGAACUGCUGAGCGAUCGUAACGAAAGAAUGAUUUUAAUCAGUCGAGUCAAGGAAAGAUUAUUUUAGCGUAGAAAUUUUAUUCGUUAUUUCACUUUUUAUUAAUCUGCAGUAACGAGAUGAUUUAAUUAGUGAUUUGAACCAUAAUUCCGUUCAAAAAUAUACACAGUUCACUUUAUUAACGGGUGCGGUAUCGUUUUUUUGAUUUUUACGAAGAGUUUUCGUUAUUCGCCCACUUUUAGUUCAUGUGUUAACCUCAAACAAUCUAUCAUGCGUUAAUUGGUAGGUUGGAAUAAAC